AUGGCCGACGCAACAAUGACCGGCUCCGCCACCACAAACGAGCCCUUCACCCUCGAAGAACGCAUCAAACAGCUCUGCGAGAUCGACACAAACAUAGUCCAGCUAAUGCACCACACCUCCUCCGCAAUGUCGGCCCUCGGCGCCCAGCAGGCCCCGGAAGUGACCCCGGAGCAGCAGAAACAGACCUUCAAGUCGUCCAUGGACGCCCUCCUCUCCACGCUGCACACCGUCGACGUCCACAUGAAGCGCCAGAUCAUGGGCCUCGAGGAGGCCGGCAUCAUCAAGCUCCGAGGCGACGGCGGCGGGCCCGGCGAUAAGAACGCCGGGGGCCGCCAGGUCGUCAUGAACGAGGACGCAAAGAUCGUCGCCAGGCCCUCCCUCGAGCCUAACGGCGUCGGCACCAUUGGCAACCUCGACGUCGGCUGGCUCAACAGUCGCAACAACAAGGUCGAGCGCGACAUGGAGGCCGAGCUGUGGGCCAAGAUGAGGGAGUUCCUCGAGAGGUAUCACGCGCAAGAGCAAGAAGCCAGCAGAGAGGAUGACAGGAUGCAGCAGUGA